AUGAGUAAGUAAAGAAAUUUCAUCACUAUUAUUAAGCCACGUUUCCGUAUAAACAAAAAAAAUGAUGACGGCGAGCAGAAGCAAUCGAUUUCUAACGCUAAUUUUUUUAGACUUGAUACCUCUCACAUUGGCUAUAAAUAACUGACUGUUUUUGGUUCAUUGUUUCUUCUCUUGCACUACAUUUUUCGUUGGCGUUAAGUGUGGCCGUUUUUCCCGUCUGAAACAUUGAAAACCAUAUUUCACGUUUUUUCUGCUGGUCUGCCGUAAAAUUUUUUUAUAGAAAAAAAUUGAAACUUCUAAAAAGUGGCGUGUUUUUUUGCACCCAAGCGUGACAGAAAGAAAAAAAGUUUGAGAAUAACCAAAAAAAAAUUUUUUUCAAGUUUUUCCUCGUGAAAUCCACAGCUGAAACUCGUUUAUAACUAAGAUUUCUUAAUAAAAAAAGUUGCAAUAGAGCUUCGAAUGUCUUUGAAAUACAAAAUUUCACAACGAUUUUGCGUCCAAAUUUUAUUUUUCAAAUCCAAAAAAAGAUGUGAAAUAUUUAAAACAAUGCUAUGGCGACCUGUGCGCGGUCAUUAUUGCGCUUUUUGUCAGAGAAUUUUGCAAACUUGAUUCAUUUUUGUACUUUUUUUUAGACCUCAUCCCUUGACGCUACAAGAGAAUUCACCUUUAUGAGUCAAGAAAUUUCCAUUUUAAUACCAAAAACGCUUUUAAAAACCGUAUUACGACCGGCCGCGUUGAACAGACGAGAGUUUCAAGGCGUUUUCCGACUCUAUUGAUUUUAAUUUUAGCCAUUUUCAGAUGGAAAUAGUUUUCUCACUUUAUAAAUCGUAACUUUAUUUGUUCUAGAUGGAAUACUUUUUCUAAAACGAUAUCAAUUUCAUUGCUUUUCCAGAUUCGCCACGACGCUGGUGGUGGCUUCAUGCGACGUCUUGGCUCUUCGCCCUGGUCGGCGUCGUUUUUCUCGUCAUCUCCCACGGUCACUACACCCUCGACGUCAUCUUGUCCUACUUCAUCUGCACGAGAAUCUUCUGGCUCUACCACACGAUGGCCGCUCAUCCGACUCUCAGGGUCAGUCCGAAAUUUCGUCCACAAGUGAAAGUUAUUUUGAGAAAUGUAACUGUUUCAAAGCUUUCAACAGUUCUGUGUUUCAAGUUGACACUAAAUAUGAGUUUUUGAAUUUUAUUAUAAUCUUUCGAUCCACUUGUGAUUGUGGAAACUGAUCAUUAUGCUUCGUAAUUGAUUAGUCUUUAACUUCCCUCAAAUUUAAAAGCGCAUAGCCAGUGCGCGAAAACUUUUCCUGUUCCUCAAGAAAAAACUUGUAUAAAUUGAAUGGCUUUUCAGUCAUCUGUCCACAACCACCACCGGAAGGAGUUUUGGUUCCCGAUAUUCCGAUGGCUCGAGGCGGACAUCCAACGGCCGGUCCCACGACGAUUCCAAUUCCCCUUGCCGAUUCCCGGAUUCCUGAGCUCCCUGGAAUCCCGAAGACGUGUCGGCAACGGUCGACCAGCCAUUGAAUAG